UGGUACGCACGUUCCACUUUUCUAUGACAACAAACUCACAAAAACGUGAGAGAGACAACAAAAAAUGAAAGUUUUUGGUCGCCGACCAUAUCACCUAAGACAUAGUAGAGAGAAUGAGAGAUAGAUAGAUAAAAGCAAAUCGGCAAAAACUAAAGUUUUUUCCAUUAAGUAGGAGUUUUGAGCGGUGGUUUGUUUUGUAAUGGGUUGUAUUUGUGCCACCGCCCGUUCACCAAGCGCCGCCGUUACCGAUAAAGAUCUAUUAGAUUCCAGCAAAUCCAUCCUUCAACUUCUCCCUCAUCAUCCCCCGUCGUCUUCGUCUUCAUCCAAGAAGGAAGGAUCUUUCACACGUACGACUUCUUCAGCUUCUAUCACCAUUGUGGCUAAUGGUUAUCCUGUGGCACGCCGUCCUUCCACUUCAUCUGAUCGAAACAGCACCAAACCGGUCGUUGUUGUGGGAGCUCCGACCAGAAAUCCAACAAGAAGAGUCACCGCUAUACCGGUUGCACAGCCGGCACAGCAGCAGCCAGCACGUGUGAUCAGCAAUAAAACGGAACUCCCUGCUGCAGAAUGGCCGUCUUGGCUGGCUUCUGUUGCUGGGGAGGCCAUUAAAGGAUGGGUUCCUCGCUGCGCAGAGUCCUUUGAGAAGUUAGACAAAAUUGGACAGGGGACUUACAGCAGCGUGUACAAAGCUAGAGACCUUGAAACGGGGAAGAUUGUGGCGAUGAAGAAAGUUCGGUUUGUGAACAUGGAUCCAGAGAGUGUUCGGUUUAUGGCCAGGGAGAUUCUCAUUCUUCGUAAGCUUGAUCACCCCAAUGUUAUGAAGCUAGAAGGUCUAGUUACCUCUAGACUCUCAGGUAGCCUCUACCUUGUCUUUGAGUACAUGGAACACGAUCUCGCAGGUCUAGCUGCAACUCCUGGAAUCAAAUUCUCUGAACCUCAGAUCAAGUGCUAUAUGCAGCAAUUGUUCCGUGGGCUUGAACAUUGCCACAGACGAGGAAUUCUUCACCGUGAUAUUAAAGGCUCAAAUCUCUUAAUCAAUAAUGAAGGUGUCUUGAAGAUUGGUGAUUUCGGAUUGGCGAAUUUUUACCGAGGUGAUGGAGAUCUGCAGCUGACCAGUCGUGUUGUGACCUUAUGGUACAGAGCACCUGAGCUGUUGCUCGGUGCCACUGAGUAUGGACCAGCCAUUGACCUGUGGAGCGCCGGCUGCAUUCUCACUGAGCUCUUCGCCGGAAAACCUAUUAUGCCAGGACGCACAGAAGUGGAGCAGAUGCACAAGAUCUUUAAGCUCUGUGGUUCACCCUCGGAAGAUUACUGGAGAAGAGCAACACUGCCACUAGCAACAAGCUUUAAACCCAGUCAUCCUUACAAGCCUGUUCUUGCUGAAACCUUUAACCAUUUCCCUUCAUCAGCUCUGAUGCUCAUCAAUAAGCUACUGGCAAUAGAACCUGAAAAACGGGGAUCGGCUGCUUCUACCUUGAGGAGCGAAUUCUUCACCACGGAGCCACUCCCUGCGAAUCCAUCAAACUUACCUAGAUAUCCACCAAGCAAGGAACUUGAUGCCAAGCUUCGCAACGAAGAAGCAAGAAAGUAAAGCUACAUACAUCUUCAUUCACUAGUCUUUCUCUUGGGGGUUUUCUGAUGAAAGUUUUGUUUGCAGACUAAGGGCAGAAGGUAACAAGAGAAGAGGGGGAGAAACUGUGACAAGAGGACGGCCAAAGGAUCUUAAAACAGCCCAGACACCAGAGUUUAUGGCUGCAGGACAGUCCAAAGUCACAUGCAUAAGCCACAAAUUCAAAACAGACGAGGAAGGUGGCACCGGGUUUAGGAUAGAACCACCAAGAAGAGGGAUCCAGCAGAAUGGUAAAGCUCAUGCUUCUUCAAUGGUUCACCCAACAGUGGCUGAUACAGAAUGGAACGGAGGUGGAAGCAUCAAAAGACAAACUAAUGCAGAGAUGAAGUCUAGGACAUCUCAAACAGGAGACUUGUCUGGUGAAUCUUAUAGGAGAGAUCCCAACAGAGAUUACUCAACCGUAAGUCUCUCCUCUUGUUAUAUCGUGUACCUUAAACCUUUUGGUAUGUAAUUAUUAAGUUGCUUUGGGCUGUGUCAUCAGGGCAAUGCACCAAGGAAAAACAGAAUCAAUUACUCAGGACCAUUGAUGCCUCCUGGUGGAAAUCUUGAAGAUUUGCUUAAAGAGCAUGAGAAGCAGAUCCAACAAGCUGUCCGCAAAGCACGUGUAGAAAAGUCUGCAUCAAGAAAAAACCAAGCUUUAACAGGACAACAACAGCAGCAACGUUACACAGGAAGAAAUGCUCGGUAGCUGAAAAAGGGAACAAGAAGCCAUAGAACUCAUAAGCGUUUUUGUUGUUGUGCCUCUUCUGUGCUUGAAGCCAGGGAUUGAUACAAUGUAUAGUCGAAUUUGUUUCUUAGGCCAACAAGAUUGACUACACUAUAAUGUCAAGCUACCUUUUGUAUAUACACAAGGUCUCUCUAUUGAGUUGAGUCAAACAAACAAAGAUGUAUCUGCAAGGGAAAGCAAAAAAUUCCAAAUUUGCUACAUUCUAUGAUUCUAGCUCAGCUCAAGUAAUUAAAACCUACCAUUAGCUGAAAAUCUCAUACCACAUAACCUCUGCAACAAUUCCACAUAUCAAGCUAAAGCUACUGAGCAAAAAACUCACGAGGAAAAAAAAGGCUGAAUUCUUGAGAAAUUAGCAAACUUUUUUGCAUAAACAAGUUCGCUCUGACCUAGCUACUGAGUAGUGAGUACUGAGCAAACAUUCCACGAGAAAAAAAAAACCUUAAUUCUUGAGAAAUUCGAAAACUUUUUGCAUAAACUUGAAAAGCUUAAAUUAGAAUCAGAUAAUGAAUUCUUCAAACCAGAAAAACUUCACCGAUAUUCCCAAAACCAAAUCAUAUGUUUUCAAUCGAAAGACUAAUAAACCUAAACCCUCUGUUUUCUAUUUCCC